AUGAGAGCAAUACCUGAAACUUGCCUAGACCUUACACCUGCCAGCAAAGCUGACAUACAAAAUAUGCCAGCCGAGAUGAAGGCCUUCUUUGCAGCUGAUAUUGCGCUGGUGAGAGAGGAUAUGGGGGUCAUGACAGCUUGGUUGCGGAUGCUGGAAGAGGCUGGUGACAGUACCAGAGGCAAACAAGACCUGAAAGUUGAGGUGGACAAGCUGAAGCAGGACAACCUCACUAUGGAGAGCAGACUAGCUGUCUUGGAGGACUCCAAGCAGCAACGAAACCUGCGAGUCUGA